CAUGGUUCCUUGGACAUGAUGAAGGCCAUCCAGGUCCAACAGAUCGUCAUUUGAGGAUCAUUUCACCGUUUUUCUAUCACUCUUCACUCUUCAUGUACAGUGCCGUAUAGCGGCCUAUCCACCCUUAGCGCCAAGGUGGGUACAUGCGGGUAUCCGGGACACUGACAAAUAUCUUUCCUCAGUCCCUUCAGACACGGAUCGGAAGAGCAAGCAAGCGAAUGAAUGGGAACCCAAAUGCGGCAGACAAUUUACAUUUCAAAAGAGGGACACGCACCCACUCGAAUUCACUUUCCCCACUGCUUCCUCCGAGCUUGCCAAUCAGCCAUACCCAUACCCAGUCUGAUUCCAGUCCAGCUCCAGAAUCAUGGAUAUAUAUAUUUCCUGGCCAGAUGCCUAUCGUUUGUCAUCAGUCAUUAGUGUGCUUCUUCCUCCCUCAUGGGUUUAUACCUCUCCACAACGCGUUGACUAGCAGAGAUGCGAUCAAACAAGCCUGGUCCAUGUGUCCCUUAUAUAACCCUCAAAGAGAACCAACCUUUAAUUAUACAUCCCAUUGUCCACUAGACUCUAUCCAUUAUCCAACCAACUGCGGAUGCAAUUGAGUCCUUCUGAGCUAUCUUUGCGCUAAAGCUAGGUGCACAGAGGGGGACCAUCGCAUCCAGGCAACACAAUGCAUUUGAAAGUAAGGGUGGGUUACGUUGGUCGAUCUGUACCUCCUUCUUGGCUGCCCCACAGAUACAAACAAACAAGAUCCUCUCUCUUCCCCCCCGUUCAAUUGUGUAAUUUGCAUACAGAUUCUGCCCCUCCCACAGCACGCUGGAGAAAAAGCUCUCUUCA